AUGGGUACUCCUUGCUCAGGUGUGGCGGAAUCUACGUUCCAGGUUAUGGGAACUAAGAAACGAGAAAAAUGGCGCUGUCGGUCAUGUCGCGCGAAAGACGGACGGGAGUCAUCGGCCCCUGAUAAGGUCUCCUCACAGUUGGAUAUUGCGAACCUGUCAGCUCAGUUUGCUGAAGUGAACGAAAAGCUGGAUCAACUUCUUUCACUUAAGGACAAAGUAGAUAGUCUCCUUGGACUACCAGCCCAAGUGAAUGACCUGUUGACCUUAAAAACAACAUUCGAAGAAAUGAAGGCCACUGUGAACGAGCUGAAGACCUCCGUGGAGUUCAACUCAGGCCAAUAUGACCAGCUACUUGUCGAAAUGACAACAAGUAAAAAGGAAAUAAAAGACCUGAAAGCAGAGAUGACUCAACUGAAAAAUGUUGUGUCUGAGAACGCUGCAUGCAUCUCCCAUCUCCAGGUCGAGUUAAACGACGCUGAACAGUACAACCGCCUGCCUAAUUUAGAAAUCCAUGGCAUGCCGGUGUCAACCAAUGAAGACCUAAAAAAAUCCGUCUUUGACCUCGCAGACAAACUGUCAAUCACAUCUUUUCAACCUUCUGACAUAGUGGCUGUCCACAGGCUCCCAAGCAAAAAGGAUAAGAUCCCCCCGAUUUUGGUUCGAUUUUCGUCAUCAGCUGCACGAGAGAUGUGGAUGAAGGUUGAUUCUCAGCAGACCCUUACCGCCAAUGAUCUCUUAAAGAAGAUACGAAGGUACGCUGUUGGGUUUCAACAACAUGGCUUGAAGCCUGGCUCCAGGGUAUGCACGCAACUCCGGAACACCAUCGAUAAUAUUGCCGCAGGACUGGCGGUUGUAUUCGCUGGAGGGACACUUGUUAUGGCGAAGACCUCCUACGUUGCAAGGGAAGUAAUAUACAUAAUUCGAGACAGCGAAUGUCAGUAUAUCCUUACAGACAAGAAUAGCGCUCCAGAUCUUCUCAAAAUGACCAUGCCGUCAACAAUUAAGGAGCUGUUUUGUGUUGGAAGCGUUCCCGGUUUCAUUGACGUCCUCGAGUUCCAAGACUACUCGGAGGCUAGUCUGAAGCCCCACGUGCCUGCUGACACAACGGAGGAGGUCGUCGUGAUGCUGUACACGUCCGGAACCACGGGCCUCCCGAAAACCGUGCAAAUCUCCCACAAAGCUUACGUCUCCUCCUACCGUGUUUUUAUGGCUUCAGGCCUUUUAGCUGAAGAUGACAUCAUUCUUGCCUGGAAUCCCUUCACUCACGCCUCUGGGUUUGUGGUCGACACCAUCAGUGUGUGCCUGGGGGCAACGGUGAUAAUUACGGAGCCUUCCCUGUCAUGGAAAGAUUUUUUGGAGACCCUCUCUACACAUCAAAUAUCCUGGAUUUUCGCCAAUUCUCAAAGGCUACGGGAGAUUGUCAACGAAGCGAGAACGAACAACCAUCCAGCGGUGGGUCUGAACAAGAUCAUAGUUGGAGGGACGACGACCACCGAUUCUGUAAGAACAGAGCUAUGCGAGUUCUUUGGCGUGAGCUCGUUCGUAAACUUCUACGGAUCGACUGAAACAUUUCCUCUUAUAAGCUGCACAGCUCCCGGAAACAUCUGCAUGGACAACGUCGGCGUUCCCUGUGCUGGCACCAAAGUCAAAAUCCUCGACCUCUUCAGCGGAGAUUCUCUCGGCCCCUAUCAAAAAGGCGAGAUCGUGGUUCAAAGCAGAACUCUUAUGAAGGGCUACUACGGUCGUCCGGAAGCCACUCAAGAAGUCCUGAGCAGUGAUGGAUGGUUUCGAACGGGGGAUCUUGGGUACUAUGACAGUAAUGGACAGAUCUACUUCGUAGAUCGGCUCAAGCAGAUGAUAAAAUGUAUGGGGAACAUUGUAACUCCUGCCGAGUUGGAAGAAAUCUUGACCUCGCAUGAGGCGGUCCUGGAAGCCGCUGUGGUCGGCAUACCCUGUUCGAAGUACGGGGAGGCUCCGGUCGCUUGCGUCGUUGUCAAGGGAUCCAAGGAAAAAUGCCUGGACAGUCUUGAACAAGAACUGAAGGAACUCGUAGCAGGUCAAACAGCGACCUUCAAGUAUCUCUACGGCGGCGUGGUUUUUAUGAAAUCUCUACCAAAGUCAGAAAACGGGAAGAUUCUGAGGCAGGAGCUGAAGUCAAGGAUAUUGUCCGGAAAUGUCUAG